AUGUCUUCUUCUUUAAGAAAGGAAUUUCUCAAGAGAAGAUAUAAAGAUAUAUCCGCCUCUCCCUCUCCUACCUCCUCCUUCUCGGAGCGUGCGGAGUCGUUCGUCGACGCCGUGCUAGCCGCGGCCGACGAUGACUCCGCCGCUGCCGCCGCUCCUACCCGCGCCGCUGCCACCGCUCCCACCGCCGCCGCCGCCGCCUCUGCUGCGCUAUUCGCUCUCACGUCGCCCCUUAGGGUAACGACGCCGUCCCCGCCGCUACCCGUAACGCCCGGCCCCUCGGCCCCCGCCUCCGUCUCCGCCACCCCCGCCGGCGCCGCCCGCUCGGCCCCCUAUAUGCGUUGUGCGUCGCAGGAGCUCGACUGCUCCGACUAG